ACAGAAACAGUGGGUGCAAUUUCUCAACACAUUUAACAAGGAUGGUCUCACGAGAGGGACAAGGGUGAGAUUAUAGUUAACACCCCUUAGACGAACUUAGACUUAGAAUGGAAAAUGCUGAAGCAAACUAGCUCAUCCUUUAAGAUUAAGGAUACAGUUGCCGAAACGACCACACAGGAAUAUGAGGGCCGGCGUAUGAAAAAUGAAGUUCCCAAGAUGGAACCGAGGGAUUUGGGACCACCCAAAUCUUAUUUGCUUAGAGGAGAUUGCAAAACAAAACAAGACUAAGGGAGAACUCCAGAAAAUGUUCAUGGAGGCUUCACGGGGAAAAGGAAAAUCCAUGAUAUAAAAUGAAAAUAAAAUAAAUGAAUGACUACAACGGAGAGGUCAGAAACAUUUCACAAUUGGAUGGAGUGAAUAAUUUAAAUAUUACCAGAGGCGGCUGUUUAUGGAAAAACGAGUUUGACAACUGAACAAAAAUUGAUGCAGAGGAGAAAUUUGCAGUCGAUAAAUAACGGAUGAUCAUAAAGCGUGAUUAAUGUGAAGUAUAAUAAUCGGCAAUAGGAAUAAACAAAUAGUAAUACUGGAAGGAACAAUAAUGCUGCAAACUGGGAAAAUGAAGCGCUCGGAUAGCGCAAACGGUUCGACGAGAAAAUUGAUGUGCAUGCUGAAUAACCACCCAAGUGGAAAUAUGGAGAGCUGUUUGAACGUGUAGCCAACACGUGUGUAAUGUUACUGAAUAUAGACCCAUGACCGGACUUCAACUACGCUUUUGGAAAUGUGGAUGAGUUCCACCAUCAACUUUACCAGUAUCAUCGAUGGCGCAUCAAGAAGGAAACCUCUACUGGCAACAUGGUAUACCGUGCACGAUGUAACCUCGCGCCAGAGGCGAGGUACCCAAGAUGAUCCAGUCAACUGAUCUGGAAAUAGACGUCGAUGCUCGCUGCCAGAGCAUCGUAUCUGAAAGUAGCAGACCAAGGAUGUCCGAGCUCGAAGCCAGAGUAUCAAAUCCGAAAGAAGCAGCCGAUAGAUGUAACCUCGUGCCAGAGGCGAGGUAGCCAAGAUAGAUCCAGCCAACCAAUCUGGAAAUACCAAUAGAUGCUCGCUGCCAGAGCAUCAUAUCCGAAAGUAGCAGAGCAGAAUGUCCAAGCUCGCUGCCAGAGCAUCAAAUCCAAAAGAAGCAGCCAAUAGAUGUUAGCUCGCUCCAGAGCCCAGGUAUCCAUGUUUCGAAGGACCAAUCAUUGAAAUCGACCAACCAUUGAAAGGAACACCGGAUGAAAACGGGUAUUAUGCCGAAGAAAUUUAAGUGUUUUUAAACUCUGUUAGAAUAUAAGGAUGAAUGUAAAAUAAAUGAUGCUCCGAAAACAUGUAAACAAAUAGAGAUAUAAGUAACACAGGUAGCAUAGGGUCCGUUCAGGAAUUUUAUAAAUCGAACAAGUAGAUUUAUCAGGGCCGGAAUGUUACGGACCCAAUUUAGAUAGCAAGGCCGGCCAAUAAACAAAAUAAUGUUAUUGAAGCGCAAACGAGCGCAUAGAAAAUUUAUAGCCCAAUGAAUCACCAGAUACGGCCAUGUGAUUCAUCCCUUUUUUAUUUUUAUUUUCCUUUUUGUAUAGCUUCAGACAAGCGGUGCAUGACGCACCAGAAAGUAGGGACAAAUAAAUAAACAAAUUUGUGACCCGCACGAUCCUCUGAAUAGAUCGUAUUACUCAUAGUGUAGCGCAGGCAUACAAGAUAGGAAAUCACGUGUUCAUUUGGGACCGUGAGCAGGCAGCAUAGACAGAUAAGGCGCCUGGAAUACACAAAGACAACAAGGCACCAGGCGAAAGAUGAUUAUUGCUGGUAAUAAGCCUGGCCUCGCCCAUUAUCGAAUAUACGAAGGGCUAUAAACAAAAAUAACAUUUUAGGUCGACGAUGAGUAAUAAACUUUCUAAAUUGUACCCCUCUAGCGAGAGCGACAGAGGUCCGCAGAGAUAAGCGGGUAGAAAUUACAUGGAGGGAAAUAGCAGGCAGACAAUCGAUAUGGGCUCGGUUGUCUGAGAAGGAAAGAGAGAUCUUUUCUCUCCUUUAUAGUUUUAACGCCUAGGAAUGAAUUCUUGGGUAUAUAUACUCGGGAUUCUGGCCUAGGAAGUCAGUUCAAUUCCCGUUCAAUUUCAGUUCAGUCAAGAUUCAAUUUAAGUUCAGUUCAAAGUUCAAGCAUCAGUUCAAAUAAAAACGGAAAGUUCAAUCAAGUAAAAUAGUUCAAGUUAAAAAUAUCCGAAUCCGAAAACCCACUAAGCGUUGACAACCAGGCGUCACGCAUCAGAAUCCGGAUACCCCCAAAUUGGCAACCAGGCGCCACGCACCAGGCCAGAGCUCCUAACAAGGAAGGAGCUCGAGUAAAGGCGUUCAACCAAAAUGAGUUUGCCCUAGUGAAGAACAAACCGAGGUGAAAAAUAUAGUAGAUUCCAAUGGCUAGUUCCUGGAAUUUCGUGUUCGUGCUCGUGUGGCUAUCGGCUCUGCUGGGUGCUGGCAUACACCUGUUCUCCAAAGGAUUCCUCCUGACCCGGAUAGCGCAGACCGAUUACAGCACCUGCAUUCGCUAUGAAGAUUAUAGGUGUGAGAAUGAUAAAAACUUUAAGGGUUCCUGCAACAGCACCGGAAAGGUGGUAUCGAUCCUGCAGAAUGUGAACGUUUCUGCCAAUAUAUGCUUACCCCCAAAAAGCAAGGUAAUUCUGCUGGUCAUUGAUGCUUUGCGUUACGAUUUCGGAACCUUUGAUGCGAGUCUCGAACAUCCGCUGCCGUACCAAAACAAGCUGCCGGUACUGACGGAGCUGCUGAAUCGCUUUCCAGACCAUACCCGCAAGCUGAAGUUCGUUGCGGAUCCACCCACAACCACCCUGCAGCGAUUGAAGGCGAUGACCACCGGCAGUUUGCCAACCUUCAUCGAUAUCGGUUCGAAUUUCGCCUCGCCGGAAAUCAACGAGGACAACGUGGUCGAUCAGUGGGUGCGGGCGAAUCGGAGCGCAGUAUUUCUGGGGGACAACACCUGGACGGAAUUGUUUCCCCGGCGAUUCAAGCGAAAGUAUGACUAUCCGAGUUUUAAUAUCCACGAUUUGGACUCGGUUGAUAGGGCGAUAAAAGGAGUUUUACCUAAAGAAAUUGCGAAGAAGGAUUGGGAUGUGAUUGUGGCACACUUUUUGGGGAUUGACCACUGUGGACACCGGUAUGGGCCGCUACACGGAGAGAUGGAGCGGAAGUUGAUGGAAAUGAAUGAUGUUAUACGCAAUGUUACCGACCAAAUGGACGACGAGACAACGCUGAUAGUUAUUGGGGACCACGGAAUGACGCAAACCGGUGAUCAUGGCGGGGAGUCAGCCGAAGAGGUGAACGCUUUGUUUUUUAUGUACUCGAAAGGGACUCAACUGUUACCCGAGGAGUAUGACGAAUUCCGCAAAACGAUGCAGCAAAUUGAUUUGGUUCCUCUGUUGUCCGCAUUGCUGGGAGUACCGAUUCCGCAUUCCAAUUUGGGACAGAUCAAUUUCCAGUUGCUUCCGGAUGUGAAGAUUGAUUCGUUUUUGCGCUAUCAACCCGCCUUACUUCAUCUCUGGCAAAACGCGCGGCAGAUUCAGAAGUACUUCCAGCAAUAUGCUGACACAAACCGAGGAACAUUCACGCUGGACCACAUCGAUGAUCUGGAGAACAAGUUUCUAAUUCUUACUCAACGCGUAAACACAGUAUAUACGGAAGCCGCCUUUCAGAGUUUUUCCAAGGAUCUCCGGCUGUACCUGAAGGACAUAUUGGAUAGCUGCCGAGACAUUUGGGUGAAAUUUGACCCGCAGCUGAUUUCACAUGGUCUUCUUGUUACUUUCCUGAGCUGCUUUGGGAUAUUUCUACUGAUUUGCAACUCAAACGCGUACCAGCUGGGGCAAAUAUUCAACGGAACGGCCGUGUACUACAUCGUGGUUCUUUCCUUCAUGGCUGGCACUUCCGGAUUUUUCUUCCACCAGGAUUUUGGCCUUUCGUCGGCCGAACAUGGGACCCUGUUCUUUGCGUCUAUCGCCUCAAUCGCCGUUCUGUUUUUCCUCAUCAUUAAAAAUUGGCCCAGCAUAACCGAUAGUAUCAGUCAAUAUCAACAUUCGAAGAAUUUCGUCACCCGGAUAUCGUUCACCUUCACGACUUGCGUAUUUUUCUCCAACAGUUUCAUCGUGGAGGAGCAGAAAAUCCUCUCCUAUGUGCUUAUCGGGUUCUUCCUGCUGGCGCUGUACAACGUCCACAAGAACAGUCAAUUCAAGGUGUCUCGAUUUCGAUGGGCAACGAUGCGAAAAUCCGCCUUCUUCAAGCUGCUUGCGCUGGCCCUGUUCGCGAUUACGCUGGUGCGAAUCUCCAGCAGCUACUUCCGUUGCCGCGAGGAGCAGGGCAACUGCACGGAUUACAUUGUGAAGGCACCGACGCCAGAUGCGAGACGUAAGACCGGACCGGAAUUCGAUCUGGUGCCGGUGAUUGCCUUGUCUCUGUACGUGAUCUGCGCCCGCUUGUAUCUAAGAGCUUGCGGUAAUCUGACAGGAAAUGCGAUGAGCGUUAUGCUGGCCAGAUACGGCCCAUCGGUUGGGGCCGUUUGUGCUUGUGGUCACUUUGUGCUAGCCAACAGUAACACAAGAGGAAUUCCACAGAUUCACGUCGAUGCCCUUGCUUGGGUGGUCUAUGUGAUGCUCCUAAUCCAAAUUGUGACCAUCGUGGUUCGCCCUUUGAUGGUUUUUGUGCUUCCAAAGAAGAAAGAUAUGAUCAAUAUCCUAUACAGCGAUCGGAACGUCGCUCCGGAAAUCUACCGCCAACUUAAGGAUAACUACAAUUCGAAAAAUCCCCUCCCACCGAAUGAAGUACCCAUUGUUUGUGGAUUGGCAACAGUCUACUCAUCUGUUUUCAUCGGACUCGGAAUCAUCCUAACCAUUCUGCUGUCCCUACUGCUCGGCUCGAAUGGAACCACCGGACUUGUGAUUUCGCUCGUCAUCACCGUUAGCUAUGGCAUCAUAGCCUCCAUCCUGCAGUACGAGAACUCCAACAACUUGCUGACCUGUCUCCAGCCCACGUUCGGCUCACUCCUGUUCUGGAUCAUAUCGUCGCAGUUCGGAUUCUACGCCACCUCUCACCAACCCACGAUGUCGCAAAUCGAUUGGAACGCCGCAUUCAUUGGACGCACCUGGCGUUACGACAACAAUAACGUCAUCUCCGCAAUCCUGGUUCUGUUGAACACCUUCUCACUGAACUUCCUGCUGUCGGUGCUCUUCCCGCUGAUUCUGCUCACCCCGUUCUGUGUGUACACCAUGUGGCCAUCGUUGGCGCAGAAAACCUACCAAAAAUCAACAACCACCGGAGGGGGCAGCGGCAGCAAUGGUGCGAAGCGGGGGCCUAAAAGUGCCCGCAAGGUUGAUGGAGGUAGCGUGGAGUACAGGAGCGUAACGGUGAACAAGGUGGAAGAUGGCGUCGAUGAAGCGGCGGCGGCGGGCGGUUCCGUUGGGAAGGAAAUCGAUUUCGAUGUGACCAAGGGCGAGAUCAAUUUGUACGAGAAUGAGAAACUUUUCAUUGGCACCGCGUUCAAGACUGCCUGCCAACUCGUUUUGAUUCAGGGAAUAAGGAUAUUCUGUGCCAUGUUCGCCUGCACCCUGCACUGCAGACACUUGAUGGUGUGGAAAAUAUUCGCUCCCCGAUUCAUCUACGAGGGAAUUGGCAGCUACAUUGCAUUUAUCGGGCUGAAUUUGGGCUUCCUGGUGUUGCUACGGGUCCAUCGUGCGGUCAACACGUUAAUCACCCGAAUCAACAAAGAUCGGUAAAUUGAUUCUCAGUGAAAGGUGAAAGUCCUUUCUCUAGUCUUGGAUUCGGUAUUAGAUUUCAUUCAUUCAUUGAAAGGACGUUUCACGACAAACAUUUAUAACUUAUCACAAUACCAUAACACAGUUUAGAGUUAGAUUAAAUGAUAAAACACGCGCGUGUUGUUUUAAUACUUCGAAUCUAAUAUUAAACAAUGAUUCGAUGUACGAUUUAUAGGUAGACUUUGUUAGUAGCGUAACAGUAAACACAAAGAGCAUGUGUUCGAGUUGAUUUGAAAACCUAUG